AGCAAGUAGCAACAGCCGGCGCAGUUCUUCAGCAACUAUUUAUAUAAACGCAGCGUUGGAUUUGAUCGCAGCACACCACACGUGGCGAUGGUCGAUGAAGGGUUUUGGUUACACACAGAGUGGCUUGUCCACCGGGGUCUUCAUCAAGCACUGGAACCCAGAUAACGCCUCCAAACCGAGACGUAUCGUUCCCUCAGCCAGAGAGCUCCACGGAGCUACGCGAGCAGGUUGCUAACGGAGCUGGUCAGCUGGAGCUCAAUAAACCAUGAUCCCCAUCACUGAGCUGCGGUACUUUGUGGACACCCAGCCGGCGUACCGCAUCCUGAAGCCAUGGUGGGACGUGUUCACCGACUACAUCUCCAUCGUCAUGCUGAUGAUCUCCGUGUUCGGGGGCACGCUGCAGGUCACCCAGGACAAGAUGAUCUGCCUGCCUUGCAAGUGGGUGGUCAACAACACCUGCAAGAAGAACUUCAACGCCACCCUGUCGGCGUCGUUGUUCGCGGAGCCCAAGGGGAUCCAGUACGACCUGGACCGCCACCAGUACAACUACGUGGACGCCGUGUGCUACGAGAACAGAUUGCACUGGUUCGCCAAGUAUUUUCCGUACCUAGUAUUACUCCACACCCUCAUUUUCCUGGCGUGUAGCAACUUUUGGUUCAAGUUCCCGCGCACCAGCUCCAAACUGGAGCACUUUGUGUCCAUCCUGCUGAAAUGCUUCGACUCGCCGUGGACGACCCGGGCGCUGUCGGAGACGGUGGUGGAAGAGAGCGACCCGAAACCCAUGAAGAUGAACGGCUCCAUGGACCACAAGGCGUCCGUCAUCAGCGAGGACGUCGAAGCGAGCGUGCCGAUGCUCCAGAGGACGAAGACCCGCUUCGAGCAGGGCAUCGUAGAUCGGACGGAGACGGGGGUGUUGGACAAGAAGGAGGGCGAGCAGGCCAAGGCCCUGUUUGAAAAGGUCAAGAAGUUCCGUAUCCACGUUGAAGAAGGAGACAUCGUCUACAGACUGUACAUCCGUCAGACGAUUAUCAAAGUCAUCAAGUUCAUCCUGAUCAUCUGCUAUACCGGCUACUACGUGCACGACAUUAAAUUCAGCGUCGACUGCUCGGUGGACAUCGAGAGCCUGACGGGCUACAGCGUGUACCGCUGUGCUCACCCGCUGGCGACGCUGUUUAAAAUCCUGGCCUGCUUCUACAUCAGCCUGGUGGUGGUGUACGGCCUGAUCUGCAUGUACACCCUCUGCUGGAUGCUGCGGCGCUCCCUGAAGAAGUACUCCUUCGAGUCGAUCCGGGAGGAGAGCAGCUACAGCGACAUCCCCGACGUGAAGAACGACUUUGCCUUCAUGAUGCACAUGAUCGACCAGUACGACCCGCUGUACUCCAAGCGCUUCGCCGUGUUCCUGUCGGAGGUGAGCGAGAACAAGCUGCGGCAGCUCAACCUCAACAACGAGUGGACGCUGGACAAGCUGCGGCAGCGCAUCACCAAGAACUCCCAGGAGAAGCUGGAGCUGCACCUGUUCAUGCUCAGCGGCAUUCCCGACACGGUGUUCGACCUCAUGGAGCUGGAGGUCCUGAAGCUGGAGCUCAUCCCCGACAUCACCAUCCCGCCCAUCAUCGCCCAGCUGGUCAACCUGCGGGAGAUGUGGCUGUACCACACGCCGGCCAAGAUCGAAGCGCCCGCGCUGGCGUUCCUGCGCGAGAACCUGAAGUCGCUGCACAUCAAGUUCACGGACAUCAAAGAGAUUCCCCUGUGGAUCUACAGCCUGAAGAACCUGAGCGAGCUCCACCUCACGGGCAACCUCAGCGCCGAGAACAACCGCUACAUCGUCAUCGACGGCCUCCGGGAGCUCAAGAGGCUCAAAGUGCUCCGCCUGAAGAGCAAUCUGACCAAGCUCCCUCAGGUGGUGACCGACGUGGGCAUGCACCUCCAGAAGCUCUCCGUCAACAACGAGGGCACCAAGCUGAUGGUGCUCAACAGCCUGAAGAAGAUGGUGAACCUGACGGAGCUGGAGCUCAUCCGCUGCGACCUGGAGCGCAUACCGCACUCUAUCUUCAGCCUGCACAACCUGCAGGAGAUCGACCUGAAGGACAACAACCUGAAGACCAUCGAGGAGAUCAUCAGCUUCCAGCACCUGCACCGGCUGGUCUGCCUUAAGCUCUGGUACAACCAGAUCGCCUAUAUUCCCAUCCAGAUCGGCACCCUGACCAACCUGGAGAAGCUCUACCUGAACAGGAACAAGAUCGAGAAGAUCCCCAGCCAGCUGUUCUAUUGCCGCAAGCUGCGCUUCCUGGACCUGAGCCACAACAACCUGACCUACAUCCCCAAAGACAUUGGCUUCCUCCAGAACCUCCAGUACCUGGCAGUCACAGCCAACAGGAUCGAGAGCCUGCCCAACGAGCUGUUCCAGUGCAAGAAGCUUCGCACUCUGAACUUGGGCAACAACUGCCUGCAGUCUCUGCCGUCGCGGUUCGGGGAGCUCACCGGGCUCACGCAGCUCGAGCUGCGAGGCAACCGGCUGGAGUGUCUGCCCGUGGAGCUCGGCGAGUGCCGGCAGCUGAAGAGGACCGGCCUCGUGGUGGAGGAGGACCUCUUCAACACGCUGCCCUCGGAGGUCAAGGAACAGGUGUGGAAAACGGACAAAGAACAGGCGUGAAGAGCUCCGUGGUCCCGGAGUGGAAAACCGAUACUGACCAACGGGAGCCCCCCCUCCCCUCCCCCUCCUCCCCGCCCUCCCCUGGCAGAGGAGGAACGCCGAUACUCUCCCACGGGGCUGGUUGGAGCCGGCGGCGGCCCCGCUGCAGUGUACUGCCAGUAAGGUCGGGUAUCCAGAACCAGCGCCGGUCGGGCAGAACCACAUUACCGAUCGCUUCUGGUUGUUCUUUUAAUCCUCGACUGUGCGAUUGAUCGUCCUUUCUCUUGCAAAACAACCUCCUCGGGCCGCCCCAGUACAACCCAGUCUUUAUGCUUCUUCUUUCUCUUUUUUCUUUUUUGCGAUAAUGUAGCAUCGCCAUGGUGAUCAGCAGCGUUUGUUUUCUCCGUUCAGUAGAGAAGUUUAAGGAUGAAAAACUGUGAGCCAGCUUGGCUCAAGACAGGAAAAUAAUAUCAAUACAUAACGAAUAUAUUUAAAUAAUGUGUCCAGCGUUAUUUUACAAAUGCGAUAGCAAGCAGAUCACGACGUAGUUAAUCAUAAAUCAUGACGGAGAAAAAAAUAACGCAGAUGCUCAGUCACAAUAAUUGACAUGUCGGAUCGCAAAAUAAAAUAUUGAUGUGUUUUUUAUAAUAAUGAUGAUGAUGAUCACGAACCAACAAUCAAGUUAAUUUAACUUCAUUUGUGCAGGUGUUUGAAAUUUAUCGGAAAAAGGCCGUGAACAAAUGAACCGGGGAUGACAAACGACGAGUCGUGUCAAAGAAAGGUCGUGUCCUCCGAGAGCCUCGUGGUCGAGGAACUGGAGGAUGUUCGUGGUGCCGUGGAGACGGAGGAGUUAGUCGAGGGGGCGGAGCUUCUUUCUGGGGGAAGGAUGUGUGUGUAUGUUUGAUUGAGUGCUGAAUGCCACCCAGUGGACUAUUCUUCCCAAAAUAUUCCCCCCAUACAGCGGAGUGAGUGGAGCGUCUUAUCCGACACCCGACCCUGACAGCCGGGAUGCUCUUUACUGGGAACUGAGCGGAAAAACGGUGUCGCGGUCGUCGUGUAUGUGAUGAACAAAACAAAUUGAACAAAUCCAGUGGGGGUGAAAUGCUGUUGAGGUCCACACAGGACGCCGAGUUAUUGACAUGGCGCCUCAUUAGCGAGGUUGUUUUUUAUAAACGAACCUGAAACACGAGAUUGGUUUGUGGUCCUUUCUGCGAUGUGAGCCCUGGGCUCCCCGGGGGCCCCGAUGGUCCUCAGUGUGCUCGAAGUGCUCUUCUUGUUUUAAAUCAUCGGUCCAAAUGUGCCGUGUUCAGUGUCGGAUGUUCAACAGUGCUUGCCAACUUAAUUCGUUAGCUAAUUAAAUGCUGUGUUGGCGUCAUUGAGAUGAGGGCCGUUUGACAUUUAAUCCAAGUUAAAAAUAAAUUCUACGGGAGCGAAAUUGUUGUAAUGCGGCCGAACAUUUCUGAAACUAGAGCUACAUUACAUUUAAUGUACGGACACAUUGUAAUGAUUGCAAAUUAUAACCAUAGAGAGAUUGAGAUUAAGAGGCUUCUUUUAAAUAUUUUUUAUUAUAAAGAUCCAUGGCUGUCUGAUCCGUCGCCUUAACGUAAAUAUUCACUCCUGUGUUGCGUCUCAUUUCUUUUUCGCUGUGGAAUCUGAGGAGUUGGUUCUGGAUGCAGAUAAUUGUCUUUAAACGCGACGCCUCACGCCCAAUCGAUAACGAGAGUAACUGGACAGUUUUUUCUUUUUUUGUUUCAUUCAUACCUUCCUGAGGACUCCACACAAGCACAGCUGACACCAAUUAUCAAUUAGGGCCAAUUAAAGAUACACUGGUAUCUCGACUUAUAAAUGACGUUGUUUCCGUGUCACGUUGACUGUGCUAAAUGUAUUCCUCCAUCAUAGAGUGGGUUAGGGUUACCGGGCAAAAGGGCUUCAGCAUAACCAAUUUAAUUAUCCAGUAAAUUUUUAGACCGCUCUUUUUUUCAUCAAAGUGAUCCAGAAAUUUCAGUUGGGUUUCGAUUAUUUGUUUAAUUACUGAAGUGAUUUUUUUUUUUAUAUGUCGGUUGACGUUUAUUUUAUUUUUUAAAUUUAUUUUUUCUUCUCGUAAAAAUUACAAAAGUCAUACAUUAUAAUUUAGUUUUUACUAGAUGUGGACUGUUCAUGCGCGGGGCAGUGGAAAUGUCUUUUUAUCAACAAGUUUUUUAAUUUUAUUUUAUUCAUCACUAUUUAGUUUAUUCAUUAUUUUUAUUUUUAAUGGCAGCCGUAAAUGGGCCUUUGUACUGUUCACGUCAUCUAUUUGUCCGUUUAGUUCUCUGGUUCUAAAUGUGUGUAACUUUGCAGAGAAACGUGUAAAACUUCUUGCCUGAGUGACUUUUCGGCACAGUAAGCGACACCGUGCUAAAAAUAGAAACGUCUAGAUCGAUGCACCGCUAUGACGCAGCACAACGCAUAACGCCGACUCUCGUGUUUACCCAGAAAAUAAGGUCGUCGGUUUAUGUUUUUAAUAAACCUAACUGCAAAGGAAAUGUAAGACGGCAGCAGAAGCCAGGACAGUGUCCAGGUGGAGAAGCGUAGGAAUAGUUUUACGCUGUAUACCUUCUUUUUUUUUCUUUUCAGUAACUAUGCUACAUUGUGCAAUAUUGCCUUUAUAUCCACGACGUAAAGGUGGUUUGUGACGUUUUUUUUCUUCUUUUUCUGAUGUGCACGGGCGUUCUUUUUUGUCGCAUUCGUUGGAAGUUGAGAGGAUGCUUUUGCACGACAACACCUGUCCCACAAGUUACAUUUCUCUAAAUGCAAAUAAUAAGAUUUCAUCAAAACGACAACAUGUUUUGUAUGCACUCGGUAUGGGAAGCUGCCGACCGUGAGAUUAAGUUCGAUAUCAGGUUUUCAAUCAGUAUUAAAGUAGUUUUUUUGUGUGCAACUGCUCCUAGAAAGAUGGAUUAUUUACCUUUAUGUCCCAAGUGGAGUGUUUUAAAUGGCGGCCAGAACACCUCAGCAAUACACCACAGAUUAAGACAAUCAGCUAUGAGACUGGCUGCAGAGAACCUUACAUGUUAAGUAUUCAGUGAGCACGUCAAGUAAAUGGUCAGCACGGUCAAAAUGCAAUGUGCAGGUUGCUAGUAAAGUGGUAUGAAAUGGAUUAGCUUUUGAUCUCUUAGUUAUCGCUUAUCUUUUGGUUCUCCUUUUUUUUAAUGAUAAUUGUAUCAUUUUGACAGCCCUUGGUAUUAUUACAAUAUAACAUUUCUCAGGAAACCAUCUAGUACUCACUUCUUGAUUGCCUAUUUAUUUAUUUUGAAUACACCUGUCAUUUUUUUAAAUUACAGUUUUAUAUGCAUUUCUAAACUUUUUUUCUAGUUUGGUGUAUUUAAUAUCGACUGCUGGUUUAAAACAAAAUGUGUUUUGUGUUUUUAACAUAGUGGUUUAACAUUGAUUAUACGUUUUCCUCAAUGACCAUGUACAACGUGUGUGUGUGUGUGUGUGAGGGAGAGUGUGUCAUCUGUGUGUCUGUUGGCGUGAGACUUUCAUCUUGUGACGUCCCAUCUUUGUUCUUUUCUCCUUAAAUUGUUUUGGGUACAAAAUCCUUCAUUUCAAUGUUUCCCAAUUGUAAAUGAUGGACAACUACGGCUUGUUUUCCUUAAGAACAUCACGAGUGUCCGUAUUUAAAUGAAGUAUAUGACUGAGUAUUCUUUUUUUAAAUGUGUCCCAUCUUUUCCUGCACACUAUCCACUAGAGAUAAAAUAAACUUGGUUGACCUAA